AUGUCUGAUCCUCGAGACGACAAUUUGUUCUCCUCCUUUGAGCUGUAUGGGCCAGAAUACGCCAAGCAGCAGCAGCAGCAAGGCCUUGACUUUGUUUCAUUUCACUCGCCAUCUGACAUCCUCGCACCUCAUCCCGAUCUCUUCGAACUUGAAUUGGACUCCAGCCUCGCGGCCUUCAACGAAGGGGUCCACCUCCAGCUUCUCACCGUUGACUCCAACGACGCUUACUCCUUUUUGAGAUCCGACACCCCAACGUGUGGCCCCCCUUCCACUAUCACAGCUUCCUCCGAGAGCGCCUACGAAACGCUCUCUUCUCGUUCCGAGUCCUUUUAUAAUUUCUCAGACUCCUCCUAUCCCACUACGAACUGUCCCUUCCCUCUCGAUAUCGAAAUGGAUUUCCAGCGCAUCCGUGUAACGAACAGCGGAUGUUCCGAGUACGGUACCAGCGCAGCUGUGCAGGCCAACCCCAACAACAUGCCCGUCACUGUAGACCCAAGUGCCUUCGGUGCUUUGCCCAUCAGCCCUCGCAGUUCUCCCACUGCGCCCGUUGACCACUCCGUCAAGCGGGCCAGCUACUCCGAUUAUGGCGGUGCAUCCCGCAUCGCCGCUGUUCCACGCUCCAGCACCGCCGACUUCUACCUGUCCUGUAUGGGCACAGAUUCCGCCGUCUCCCAGUCUGGCAUGUCUCAGCUAGCUGUCACGCCCUGCCUCUCUCAGUCGAGAGCCGUCCGUAGUUCAGAGGAACAUUCAAGAGACGAUCCUCGCAAGAAAUAUCAAUGCCCUACUUGCCCCCGUGCCUUUGCUCGUGCUUACAACCUGAAGACGCAUAUGGCAACGCACGAUCCUAACCGGCUGAAACCUCAUGUAUGUCCCCACCGUAAUUGUGGACGUUCGUUCAGUCGCAAGCACGACUUGGGUCGACACCUCGUGAGCAUUCAUCGGGAGGAGUCCGUUCGCUCUCUGCCAUCCGCAGCGCCCAAGCCUAUCGGUGUCGACAGUGGACCGAGGGGAUGGUGUGACAACUGUGGCAAGGGUUGGGUUGGCACAGCCACCGAAUGUUCGUGUGCAGACAUUAAAUAA